AUCGAGAUGAAGGCAAUUGCAAGUGAGUCUGCAAGUUGGAGUCACGCGGUUGUCAACCGAGUGCCGAUGGGAUGUCGCCGCAGCAAGGAAGUCAUCUAGACAUUCUGACUGGGCUCGCGAGCUCAGGUGCGCGAUGUGAGACUGUUCUGUCAUCGUGCUGUAGUAAUGUUCUAUUACACUGGGGAAGUUGCCGCUGGUUCCAAGAAACUCACAAUGGAAAACCCAUAUCCUGUAAACUCACAAGAAUCUAUGGUGUUCAGCGCAGGCUAAGCACAGCGCCAAAACAUAAAACGAGACUUCAAUGACUUCUGCUGACAGCUCCAUAGACGUGUCUCACCUGCGCCUGUACUAGCCGGCCAGGCCACUCACAUACAAUGCGGCGCGAUGAUGUAACGAGUUUAAGCAACAAGUCGCCAGGGAUGGCGACCGGUGAAGGCGACUUGGCAAUCGUCGAUGCUCUGGAGCGGCUUCGCUUGGAGCAGCAGGAGACAAACAAUGUCCUCAGGCAAAUGCUGUAUCCAGUUCAGUUAAUCAGCAGCUGCUGUGUUACAAUGCUGCAGCAGCUGCAUGAGCUGGCCGCUACAUCCACGCGCCUGGUGGCUGGCCUCCAGGAAUGCGUGAGCAGUCUGGCGUCCAUUCGUCGCCACGCCGCCGCCAUCUCCGCGCUGCUUGCGGCGCAUUCCGCGGCAGUGGCGCGCGACGGGAUCAUGGCUGCACACGCCGCCGCCGCGCGCCACGGCCUGCUGCUGAGCGCCGCCUGCUGCCUGGUCGCCGCGGCCGCUCUGGGCCUGCCGAGGCAGUGGCGAGCCUGCGCGCUGCCGGCCUCGCCACGGCCGAGCUGGGCACCCGUGGUGGCAGCGCUGGGAUGGAGCCCAUCGCUUCCAGCGAACAGAAGCGGUGCCUGGCAAAUCGUAAGCCAGCUGCAGCUGCAGCUGGCGCCUUUACUGUCGUGGCAGGCAUGGCCAGCGGCAGCGGCAGUGGCUGGCAGAGCAUCAGGCGUGGCACCAGCGGCACCUGCUUGGGCUGGGCCCUGGCUGGGUUGGCUGGGGCCAGGCGGCGUGGCGCAGUCCUCGGGCGCCCGAGGCCUAGGCUCGCGGGUGGCGUGCCGCACGCAAGUCGCAGGCGGCUACCUGGGAGCCAUGCUACUGCUGGUCGCCUGGCUGGCCGCGGCGGCACUACUGCUGCGCCCCCGUGACCGCCCCAGUCCCAGCGCCAUGAGCUCACGUGGCACAUGGGCGGCGCCGCUGGUAGACGUCGACGACACGGCCAAAGCCGACGCAACUGAAGCAGGCGCAGCUGCCCACCGGCACACAAGCAACAUCAGCGCGCCGCCGGCGCCGGCGCAGCUGCAAGGCGGCGGCGCCAGCCGCUGCCAGCUACAGCCGCUGCCGGCGGCGUGCGUGGCGGACAUGUGGCUGCAGUCCGCCGCGCUGCUGCUACUACCGCUGCAGCUCGCUGCAGAUGGAUGCCGCCUAGGCGCCAGCAGCACGGGCAGUGAUGGUGGCGGCGCCGCCGCCAGCGGCGCCGGCGGCUGGCUGCUGCAGCUGCAGCUGCCGGUCGUGGCGGCGGCGCUGUGGCUGAUGCGGGGCGCAUCCCCACUGGCGGCGGUGCUGCUGGCGGCGGUGUGGCAUGCGGGGCUGCCACUGGCGGUGCAGGUCCGGCUGCGGGUGCCGCUGCAGGCGUGGACGUGGGCGUGGGCGCCCGCCACCGCACCGGCACGGGCGCUUGCGCCUGCACCGACACUGCAGCUGGCAACUGAAGCUGACGCGGCGCCAGCGGCUGUGCUGGGCAUGGCGGUGGGUGGGGCCAGGGAUGGCGACAGCAGUGGCGGCAAGUUGCACUCAACAGGAGGGCUGCUCCCUCCGCGGCGGCACGCCGUGGCCGUCUAUGCAGACGGCUUCGGAGCAGACGCGCACCCGGCCCAGCAUCCACACCAGCAGCAUCCUCACCAGCUCGGCCAGUCGCCGCAAUCACCACCUGUGGGCUGGCUGCGUCCGGCAUCCUCGCAUGCAGCCGCUGCGGCCUGCACGCUGCCGCUGCCAGCUGCGCCACCGGUCCCCGGUGCCGUCUGCAGUGGAGGGUCGGGCGCGCCGCGGGCGGGGCAUGGGCCGCGUGCUGGCGUGCCUCAACCGGCAGGCCUUGCCGCCGACGCCACACCGCACCCGACACGUGGCGGUUUGGGUGGUUCGGCCUCAGGCCGCGGCCGCGGCUGGGGCUGGGGCUGGGGCUGGCUCCAGGGAGAGAAUGCCAAGGUGCUAGCAGCGGAGGCUUGGCUGUCCCUGGGGCCAGUGCUUGUGGGCGUUGCGCCCGUGGUGCCGCUGAGCUGGUGGCUGGGCGCCGUUGCGCGGGCGGCGGCGUGGGAGAUGCUGCUGGCGGCGGCGGGCCUGGGGGCGGCGGCGGUGCUGGCGGCACCCGAGGGUGACCGCCGCGAGCGCCCGCACCUGCAGCACGUGCCGCGGGCUGUGGGGGGCAGCGGCAUGGGCAGUGCAUCGCCGGCGGGCGCCGGCGCCGGGGGAGCGGCUGCCGCCGGGGCAACGGCAGGCGCGGCGGCAGGAGCUGGGAGGCUGGGCGCUGGCGCCGGGCAUGGUGCGCUGCUGCCGGCCUCGCCGGAGGCGGCGCCGCGCGCUGUCCGUGGCGUGUACACAUACCCGGAGCGCCCUCCGGCGUCACAGGCCGCUUCGCCUGCGGCGCUGGCGACGGCCGCGGCGGUGGCGGCUGCCCGGCAGGCGGUGGCGGCUGCUGGGUCGGCCCUGGCGCAAACACCCCGGUGUUUGAGCCGGAGGAGGCCGUGCGGUGACGGGGACGGGGCCUGGACACCGCCGCCGGUGUCCGCGCCCUGCACGCCGACACGGACGCCCGGCUGUGUGUAGGGCAGUAGUUUGCCGUGUCACGGCGGCGGCAGCGGCGGCGGUCUUCACCGGCUGCAGUAUUAGCGCCGCAGGCAGCCGCACCCCUAGGGUCUGGGGACGCCACAGAAGUCGGUCGCAUGAAUGCAGAGCAGUGGGCAUGCAUCCUCGACGCAUUGCUAUAGUAUUCA